CCAUAAAAAAACGUUUACCCAACAACACACGGCGAGGAGAGUGAAAUCGUUUAAUUGGAUUUCCGAUUUCCACCCACCGCCUUGAGUCUUUCGGAUACAAUCGUCAAAAACCGCCCGAGUGGCCCCCCAAAAGCCGAAAAGAGCUAACCGAAAAUCACACGCAUCUCGAGCAACUGGCAAAAAGUAUCUGUGGAAUUGUGGAGCUCGAGAGAGCCUUGUGCAGAUCAAGUAAUCAAAUCCGCAAUCGAAAAGCACCAAAAAUAUCUGAUAUCUGCAGAUAAAUCACCUUCAAAUUCAAGCUGGGCAGAACAAAAUUCCCCAAGAAAGUUAUAAAUGUAAAUCGAGUAAGAUACAGUGCUUAAUUUAUGAGAUAUGUGAAUUCAGCAGAAGACUUUUAAGUAGAUCGUCCAAAAAAAUUAUCAAUACCCUAUAAAAAGUUAUUUGAACUAAUGGAAUAUUGUCUUAAAAUAAAAUAUAAGAAGGAUAAACACUGCUUCAAGAAUCAAAAAUCAGCCUAAACUAAAACAGUAUCUAUACAGUAUCUUAAAAUAUAUAUAUUAAUAUAUAUUUUGCUUGUGAGCUGAAGAUACAUUACUGCAUACCUUAAGGAAUCCAAAGAACAUCUAUAUCUACAAAAGGAAUAUAAGGAAAUACACAUUUUUGGUUUUAUUUUAAAUUAAGUAGAAAAAUAUAUCAUUCCACCAUGAGCUUUGAGAUUGAUACCCAGAAGAUUUGCGAGGAUCUGCAAAGCACAGACCGUCGUCUGAAGACCAACGUUCUGGGAGAUCUUCGUGACCAGUUACAAAAUGCACCGGAGAACGUAACCACAGAGAAAAUAGCCGAGAUCUUCGAUCAACUAUACUUACAUCUGCUGAAAUCCUAUGAUGACCGCUUCGAAAGUGUUCGCCAUCAUGCCGUCCAAGCGGUAAAUGCCUUCCUCAACCGACUGCCGCCCAUGGACUUCCACCUGAUGAAUGUGGUUUCCACACUGGCGGAACGAAUGGGAAAGGCCGAGACCGUGGAGCCCAGCGAGGAGAUUCGCCUGCUCUACAUCGCCCAGCUGAAUUUAAUGGUAGGCCAAUAUGCUAAGAUGGGCAACGUCGGCGUCUUCAGGGAGUGCUAUCCGCUGGUGGUCAAGGUCCUGAUCAAGUCCAUCAAGGAUGACUAUCCGGUUGUCCAGCGCGAAGGAUGUAGCACAAUAGUGAAUCUCGCUCGAGUGGCUGAGACCCAGGAGUUGCGUCCCUUUACAGAGUCCCUAGUGGUGCCUCUAUAUGGUAUGUUGAAUCACAAACAUGCCCAGGCCAGGAUUUCGGCAGUGGAAGCCAUCGCCAGACUGAGUCUGCACAUGGAUGCCAGUGGUGAUGGCAUGAGGAGGCUCUUCAACGAGGUGUCCCCUCUUCUAAUGGACACCAUGCCCUUGGUUCGCCGGGAAGUCGGUCAGAUGGGCAUCCUCAUGUUACUGGAGCUUCUGGAUCGCUAUUCCUAUUUUGAGAGAAUCCUGCCCCUGGUCUUGUGCUGCCUCAAGGACGACUCCCCGGAGGUUCUGAAUCACAUCUACCCCCAGUGGCUCAAGUGUGGCGAACUGUACUUCGAUGAAAACGAAGCCGAGUUGACGCAACAGGAGAUCAGCGAUCUGCCAGCUGAGAACUAUCCGCAGGAUGUCAAGCGUCCUACUAUAGGAUGUCGCGGUUUGGUGCAACGUUCUUUGAGGUUGUUGCGACUCAUUACUCGAGAGACCAGCGACUGGAAGGAUAAUGUUCGCCUGCACUCCCUGAAGCUGCUGUAUCAAUUUGUCCUGCAUGCCGAGGCUGCCAUGACAGCCAAGUUCUUCGAGAUCUACGGGGAUUUGGCCCAUGCCUGUAUCGAUCCUGUGGCGGAGGUCAAUGCGGAAGCUGCCAAGGUGGCCGAUUUGAUGGGUCGCUUGUUAGCCUACGAUGCCUGGAUAGAUCACGGCUUCGAUGGCCUGGAGCGCAAUGCCCGGGAGUCCUAUAUGAGGUGCUUCUACCACAUGUUCACCGCCUCCCUGGGCGGCACCUACGACCAGCUGAUCAAGUUGGCCAAGCUGCUGCGCAGCACCGACUACUCGCACACCUUGAAACCAGGUUUCCAGCUCUAUAUACUCAAGUUACUAGAAACCAUUAUGGACAAGUCACAGAAGGUCAAUGCGGAAGAGGAUGAGUUGCAGGAGCUGUACGAGUCGGUCUAUGUGAGUGGCGUUAAGGUAAUGGCCCUAUCCUACUCCCUCAACAGCCAAGGAAAUGAAGAUGUCAAUCGGGGUCAAAUGCUGAUCGAAAGAAUUGUGAAGCUCGAAGACACAACGGUGGCCCAAAUUCACGAACGUUGGUUCCAUUUGGCCUUGAAGGAUGUGGAGAACCUGGACGCUAAUUUGGACGAUAAUUCCGAACCUGUGAUGCUGCUGGAUGGUUUGAUCAACAUGUGCCUGCUGCGAGCCACAUACAUAAAUGAUCUGAUGGAAAAGGUGAAGGUGGUCUUUGAGCACUGCUCCGAUAGUGCUCAGGUGAAAAUCUUCAGCAGUCUCUCGAUGGCCACUCUAUUUUGGUCGAAAACAAUGAAUGUGGGUCAUGAAAGUAGCACAAACAUAUUGAAGGCUUUUGUAUCGCAAAUUGUGGAGCCCUAUUUGACCUGGAAGGCUGGCUCGAAUGCCGAGGCCAUGAGAUCCCUGGCCAUGGCAACGCUAUGUGCUUUGGCCCAGGGAGCCGAGGAGGAAGCAGUGAAUGUCUUACCUGCUCUGGCCAAGCACAUGCCCAGCCUACUCGAGGAUCGUAAUGUCAGCACGCGUCACUAUGCCAUCAAGGCGGUGAUUUACUUCCGGGAAAUGUCCGUGGAGGACUUGAAACCAUUGGCUUAUGCCACCAUGCAGCGCAUGGAUGAUCCUUCGGCUGGUAUCCGUGUUCUGGCUGCUCUGGCUGUGGGCAAAUUGAAGCCCAAAUUCAGUGUUGACGAGAAGGAAGCGGAGCACGAAAAGGAGGUCUGGGCUGCUUUUGUCACCCGUGGAAUGGAUCUGCUGUUGCUCUACCACGAGAGCCCCGAAAAGGACAUGAGGGCCGCUGUGGAAGUCACCUUAAAGGUGCUGACCCAAUCCCAUCCAGAAAUCUGGGAGGAUCGCUUUAAGAGAGCCCUAUGCAUGGUUCAGAAAAAGGAUCAGCUCAACGAACUCUACAACAAGUUGACCAUCAAAGAUGAACCGAAACCUGAAGCUUCAACUACAUCUGUUACUUCCUAAAAUCGGUUCUCCAUUACAUUUGUAAAUUCAAAAGUUUUUUCUUUACUUGCAUCAUUAUUUAUCUUUGUAAUUUCAAAGCUUUUUUAAAUCCAAUCUUUCUCUCUCAAAUAAAUUAUAAUUUUCGGCGAAACCA